AGCGCUGCCGCCCAUUAUAACAACAGGGAGGACACGCACCGUAGGCUGGAUAGCGACUCGGACACCCUACAGCAGAAGAACUUCAACAACUGGGUGAAGGCCAUGCUGAUCGCUUCUGCUGUUCGCCCCAUGUACAGCAUCCUUGACCUUGCUUGUGGGAAAGGAGGGGACCUCCCAAAGUGGGCAAAACAGGAGAUAGGGCACUAUGUAGGGGUUGACAUUGCAUACAAGAGCAUCACAGAUGCUAUUCAGAGGUACAAUGGCCAGCAGAACAGAGCAGGAUGCAACUUCCCUGCUAUCUGGUGCGCUGGGAAUUUCUGCAAGUCCAAUUUCUUCCAAGAGCUGGAGAAAGUGGAGAAGGGUGUGAGGUUUGAUGCCGUGAGCUGUCAGUUUGCUAUCCAUUACUCAUGGACGUCAGAACAAGAUGCAAGGACGGCAUUGAAGAAUGCUGCGAGGAGGUUAAAACCCGGGGGUCUGUUUGUUGGAACAACGACUGACGCAAACGUAUUGGUCAAGAAAUUGCAAGACGCCCCAGGUCUUAAUUUUGGGAACAGGUACAGACAGAGUUCACAUGAUGAGAUUUCAUUUGAUGUGAAACUUGAUUAUUUUGAUAAAACAUUCAGCGAUCAUUCGCCGUUUGGUAUCAGAUAUCGUUUCUACCUGAAAGAUGCUGUCGAUGAUUGUGAAGAGUGUCUUGUACAUUUCCCUACCUUCCGAAAGAUCGCUAUGGAAGUCGGUCUUGAGCUCGUGGAGCAUAUCAACCUGCACGAUUUC